AUGCUCGCAUUGAAAUCGUGCUGCCUUGUGGCGUUCUUGAUCUCUCGUGUUCUUGCUUCUGAUAACAUUCUAACCCUACCGGCUAUAUCGCCAGUUCCGUCUAAUGCAUCUGAAUUGCUUGACAGGUGGCUCGCUUCGUUUUCCUUCGAACUUGCCUACUUGCCCUACUUUACUGGGAACCGCUCGAAUCCAAAUGUCCUCACCCAGGAGCUCAUGCAGAGACUGGUCGAACGGACCGGAGUAGGCCCUGAUAUUCGUCCAGGAGGUAUUACAGUUCAGGAGGAAUAUACAGGACAACUUAGUACGCUAUCAACAUUUCCUAUGACAAUUCACAGGUCAAUCCAUACAUGCUUCAGUGGACCAGGCUUCUUCAACUUGUUGAAAAUGUUUCCCGACUCGUCACGGUUCAUAGUAGAUACCAACUUGGGUAACAACUCUGUCGACAUUGCUCAACAUCAAGUCGAAGCUGCAGUCAAAUACUUAGGAUGGGACAGGAUUUACACUAUACAAUUGGGAAAUGAACCAGACCAUUAUGCAGGUGGUUCACGUCCGAGCAAUUGGUCAUCGGCAGCGUAUACUGCUCAGUUCCUCAACUGGACGACAACGUUGACUGAGCGCUUAUCUCUACCUCCGCGGAUUUUCCAAGCUCCUGCAGUCGCGGAUGACCCCACACCUUCUGCUCUUAUCACGACUAUUUCUACAGUUGAUGAGGGCAUUGAUUCUACUGGGGUGCUUAAGCUAUUUGACCAACAUACUUAUCAAUACUCAACGUGCGAUCCCGAGCGUAACGCCAUUGCAACACUGCCGAACCUCAUCAAUCACCGAAAUAUAACAGCAUAUCUCGACCUCUGGAAACCACAAAUUUCGGCCGCGAGAGCCCGAGGAAAAGAAUUCGUCGUAGGGGAAUACAGCUCCGUCUCAUGUUCGGGGAAGCAGAACGUCACGGAUACCUUUGGCCAAGCCCUUUGGAUCGCGGAUACCGUGCUUUACGGAGCCUUUUUAAAUAUCUCGCGGAUGUAUUUACAUCAGGGUGCGACACUCGUGUUCCAGAGUAGUCAACAAGCGAAUGAACCCGGAUUUUCAUGGUACGACCUUUGGUACCCGGUGGAAACGGAGCGCUAUGGACCCGCGCGUGCCUCUCCGUCCUUCGUAGCCUACCUUCUCAUCAACGAGGUAGUUGGAAGUUCGCAACAAUCCCGGCUAAGUCUCAUCGACGUCCCUUCUCAUCCACAGCUCGCGGCAUAUGCGAUUUGGGACCCAUCCGCUCGUAAAGAUAAUAUUGCACGAUUUGUUUUGCUCAAUCUUUCUGUGCGCAAUGAGAGCACAUCUGCUGCAGACGCUGCGCUUGACGAAGUAGUUGUCGACUUGAGUUCAUACGUACGAGGUGGGAAGGGAAAGAGUGGUGCAAAGGUGAAGAGGAUGACGAGUCCCGGACUUGAUUCGAAAGAUGUCAGUCGAGUUCUGUGGGCUGGUCAGUCGUAUGAAAAUGGUACUGCGUCAGGAGAAGAAGUCAUUGAGAACUUGGAGGAUGGGAAAGUAACUGUACAGGGCAGUGAGGGUGUUCUUGUGUUCUUCUAA